CUCAGUUAAGCUGCCCUUCUAAUAAUUCUUCGUUCAUUUUCCCCAUUGUUCGCAGGUAUGGAUCUUCGGUGACGUGUGGUGCCGCGUGUGGCUGGCCGUCGACGUCUGGAUGUGCACGGCGUCGAUACUGAACCUGUGCGCGAUUUCGCUGGAUCGCUACGUGGCCGUCACCCGUCCCGUCACCUACCCGAGCAUCAUGUCCACCGGGCGGGCCAAGUCGCUCAUCGCCGGGCUGUGGGUGUUGUCCUUUGUGAUCUGCUUUCCGCCGCUGGUCGGGUGGAAGGAGCAGAAAGUGAAAGAGAACCUAUUAUUACCGUAUGGAAAUCACACGCUGGUGUCGAUGUCACUGUCACCAGCCACUUCCACCUCAUCAUCGUAUUCAUCAUCGCCAUCGUCGUCGUCGUCAUCAUCAUCAUCAUUAUCACCGUCGUCGUCGUUGAUAUCACCUUCGUCGUCUUCGCCAUCAACGUUCAGUAGUACUACCAUCACCUCCUCCUCCUUCUCCUCGGUUGUAGACUGGGCCGAGCUGGGGCUGGGCGAAACGACGCCCUCCUCCAACCCCACGCACUGCCCGUGGACCUGCGAGCUGACGAACGACGCCGGAUACGUCGUCUAUUCGGCGCUGGGCUCCUUCUACAUUCCCAUGUUCGUGAUGUUGUUCUUCUACUGGCGCAUCUACCGGGCCGCUGAGCGGACCACACGUGCCAUCAAUCAGGGAUUCAGAACCACCAAAGGAAUGGGCAACCGCUUCGAUGACAACCGGCUGACGCUGCGGAUUCAUCGGGGCCGGGGUUCCACUACCAGUGCUCACGGGACGCCAUCGAUCGGGGGCGGUGUUGGUGGUGCCGGAAUUCUCGGUGCCCACCACGAGUCCCCGCACAGCAACGGAAGCACCCACAGUACAACCACCAGCAUCGGAAGUGCCUCGCCGGAGCGCCUGUCGCGGUAUAUGACCCGCUGCAAGAACCACGAGAAGAUCAAAAUCUCCGUGUCCUAUCCGUCGACGGAGAAUCUGAACCAGGGUUCGUCGGCGGGUGAUGGCGGGAAGCUGCUGUAUGCGGUGCACUAUUCCUCGAAUGGAGGCCGAGAGCACAAUGCUUCGCACAUUUUCCGGAGGCCUUCCAAAGAGCAGAGCGGAAGCGGCCAAUAUCUGACGGUGGACGGACAGGGCCGUAGUUUGCUGUCACCGCGGUCCAGUAAGCGGAUGGGCAAGCGCAACAUCAAAGCUCAGGUUAAGCGCUUCCGAAUGGAAACCAAGGCGGCCAAAACGCUGGCCAUCAUCGUCGGACUGUUCAUUCUGUGUUGGCUUCCGUUCUUCACCAUGUACCUGAUAAGGCCCUUCUGCGACAACUGCAUCAACGACAUGCUGUUCUCGAUCGUGUUCUGGAUCGGGUACUGCAACUCAGCCAUAAACCCCAUGAUCUACGCCUUGUUCUCCAAAGACUUCCGAUUCGCGUUCAAGCGGUUGAUUUGCCGGUGUUUCUGCUCGGCGGAUUCGAUUCCGCGGCCAGCCAGCCGGCGGGGGUCGGACAUGUCGCAGAUUCGGAUGCACGGUGCCCGAACUCCGAGCAUAUCGCCGUCGGCGGCGGCUCAAUCCAUUGGCGACGACAGCGAUCCGGUGGGAGACCUGUCGGACAGCAGAUGACGAUCGUUUGGCCCGAGCGUCAGUUCGAAUUCCAGCCCGCGGCUAAGCGGUGCCGCUCGGGGAGGCCGCAGCAACAGUGUGACCAACGCUUCGUCGUCAGGUUUGGCGGGCGGAGCUGUAUCGAUGGCACCGGCCACAACGAUGAGCACGUCGCCGACGACGGAUGGGGCGUCGAGGGGAAUCGUCAGUCGGGCGCCGGUUUAUGACAUCUGUCAUCCGUUGGUGAUGGAAAGCCCGGGUUACUCGGGCUAUGGUAGCGCUGGAAGCAGUAGGCACGGGCAGGAUAAUGGACUGGGGAACGGGUCGGAGAGUGCGAGGGAGGGCAGCGUGGGUGGGAGCCGGUUAUCAAGGGUGGACAUUUGAUCGUUCUGGGGUAGGAGAUUGCUGCAUUUGUGUGACAGUUCGUAAGGUAUGUUCGCGAAGGGGAAGUUAUUCUGGUGAGAUCUGAGAGGCAAAUCAAUGUUUAACGAGGCUGAUAUAUUUAUAUUACUUUAUAUUUAUUGGAAGGAGCUGAAUUCUUCCAUCUUCAGUAGAUCAUAUAUUAACUUUUUUUUUAACUUUCUCGAGUAGCUUGGGAAAACUUGACCAAAACGUGAAGGAAUCGAUUGCGGCAUUAAUGCGAGGUUAAAUUUUGACAUUCUGUAGAAGUCAAGUCUAUAUGUUCAGAAUGUACUUCUGAAACAGUUUAAAAAAAUUACAGCAACAACUCAAUAAUUAAAUAAUUCAUUACAACCUACUCUACUGUAGUUCUUUGACUUGACCCGUCUGUUGAAAUCACCAGAGUAACCUCCACUCUUUGAAUAAUUUAUAUCCGGAAACAAACACAAAAGAACUGCGAACUGUAUCCACAAUUCGCCUUCGAGCAUUCUCCUUCCUGAUCCCGAACAAAACAAAUAAAAAACAGCCACCGGUUGCCGCAGCAUCUGAAAUCGUGACAAUGCUUCCAAGGGUUUAUAAGUGUACAAACAACCUUUUCCCAGAAAACAGGUUCUCCCGCAGAUCAAAUGGGAACCGUGGAAGCUGUAAACAAACCACAUACUACACUGAAUUGCGACAAACAAUAGCGCAGAACAAAAAUGCAGACGUGAAUCACACCCUCACGGCGAAUGUACAUCUCACGGUGGGAAAGCGCAACAUACGUUUUGUAAAUAAUUAAUAAUCGAAUACGGGUAAUAAUUUAAUGAACCAAAGUCAGGCGGAAACCAAAAUAGACGU